AUGAGAAGGGGAACAAAUGAACUGUAGGUUGGGAUGCAUUUUCAAGAGGACGUGAAGAAAAUAAACUAAACUUCUAAUUGUUUUAAAAUGUCAUCAUGAGCGUUAAUCUUGUCAAGUCUCUUGCUCGGGUUUAUGACUCCAAACCACUUCAUGCUGGAAUGGUGGAAGAGCCACAGCAAGAACAGCUUCCCUUUCUGCUUUCUACCUCAUACAAAUGUCCAUCUUCACCACUUCCUGAUAAGCCUUCUUCAAAAUCCUCCACAUCUUCUGCUCUCGUACAUAUUGAAGGACAAGUUAGUGAUCUGAAUGAUAAGAUGGACAGCAUCCUCACCCUGCAGGAAGCGUCUCUACUGGAUACCAUCGGUCAAGAUCAAGGCACAGCUACAGGUGGGCGAAGUGUGGAGCAGAUGUUGUGUGACGUGCGUGUUGUUUUAGAAGCUGUUCGAGAGAAGGAGGAACAACAGGAUCAGCGACUUGAAUCUUUGGAGCGACUGGUCAGCGGCAUUCAGCAGGUUGUCAGUUUUGUUGCUGAAGUGUUGAAACGCUCAAGAUCGGCGGGUCUCUUGAAAAACACACACUCAAGAUCCAGCUGUAGGUUUAGAGAAAAGGAUGGUAGUGAUAAAUCUAAAGUGUACCAAAAGGGGUCGAAAACCCAGAAGAAAAAGAAACCACUGGAUGCAUCAGACUUAUUCCAGGCUGGUUUUGAAGAAGUGCAGAACCAACAGAACAAUCAGCUUUCACAAAGCACAGCUGCACAUCUGGAUCUUAUUGAAGAAGAGCAAGAAGUAGACAAAUACAGGGAAGGAAAGGAUGGCAAACAACAGGCUGCAGUGGAAGAAGAGGCAAAAGAGCAAGAAAUUGUUUCUGAAUUAUUUCAGAUAAAAGAGGAGGAUAAAAAGGAGGAAGAGAAUAGGUUAAAGAAAGAGGAGGCUUUUGGGUUAUCUGAAGUAAACCAACUAGCUGCUCUGAACUCAUCUGACCGGACAGAUGGAAGAAUUACAGUCACACAAGAAAGCUGUGAGGAGAAUCUGGAAAUAAUUUUCAGCACUAAGAGGCAUGUUACUGAUGAGACUCUGCCAGAUGAACUUAAAAAAAGCCGAGUGGAGGAGGAUAAGGAAUUGAAGGAGGAAGAGGUGGCAGGACUUGAAGCUGCAGAGGUGGGACCAGAGAGGACAGAAGAGAAGAGGAAAAAUGCAGAGCCAGUAAUUGAUGAAUAUGUCAUUGAUUCUUCCCCUCCUCCACCUGCACCAUUUGAACACCGUCUAGUCACAACCAAAACUCACCAGAUUACAAGUUACUACACUAUCAAUAAAGAGGAAGUUCUUGGAGGAGGACGCUUUGGCAUGGUCCACAAAUGUGUAGAGAAAUCUUCAGGCCUCGUAUUAGCAGCCAAGAUCAUCAAAGCCAGGAGUCAGAAAGAGAAGGAGGUAGUGAAGUGUGAGAUUGAAGUGAUGAACCAGUUGAAUCAUGACAAUCUGAUCCAGCUCUACGCUGCAUUUGAAUCACGACAUGAAAUCAUUCUAGUGAUGGAGUAUGUUGAUGGCGGAGAGCUGUUUGACCGGAUCAUAGAUGAGAACUACAAGCUGACCGAGUUGGACACGGUGCUGUUCAUCAGACAGAUCAGUGAAGGGCUUCAGUAUAUGCACAAGAUGUACAUAUUACACCUUGACCUAAAGCCAGAAAACAUUCUCUGUGUCAGUCGACAAACUAACAAGGUGAAAAUAAUUGACUUUGGGCUCGCAAGGAGAUAUAAACCUAGGGAGAAGUUGAGGGUGAACUUUGGUACACCUGAGUUCCUGGCUCCUGAAGUCAUCAACUAUGAAUUUGUCUCAUUCCCAACUGAUAUGUGGAGUUUAGGUGUCAUCACUUACAUGCUGCUCAGUGGCUUGUCUCCGUUCCUGGGUGAGGAUGAUAAUGAGACACUAAAUAACAUCCUGGCAUGUCAGUGGAGUUUUGAAGAGGCAGAAUUUGUCGACAUCUCUGAGGAGGCCAAAGAUUUCAUCUCACGCCUGCUCGUGAAGAGCAAAAGUUGGAGAAUGAGUGCAUCCCAGUCCCUAAAACACCCAUGGCUUUCAGACCGAGCCCUUCACUACCAUCUGCGCCAUAAGGUUAAUAACAGCUCCGAGCCUGUGACUAAAUGA